GACGGCCCUGAGAGCUGCGUAACGGCUAAAGCACAAGACUUCCUAACACGUGUCUCCGCUCCCCUGCGCGCCUCCUCCUGUCUCAUUUUGCACCGCGCCGCAGCAGCUGCCGCAGCAGCCAUGGGCUCGACCCCCGAUAGCCACGAGAUGAACGGGCUGACCACGGCAAUAGGGAACGGCAACGGCAACGGCGACGCGACGCCUCCAGAGGAGGGUCGAAGACAUUGGCUACGGACAAAUAGGCAAAUUAACAUGAACCACUAUGCCAAUAAGAAGAGCGCAGCCGAAAGUAUGUUGGAUAUUGCUUUGCUCAUGGCCAACGCAUCCCAGCUGAAAGCUGUAAUGGAGCAAGGACCCUCUUUCGGGUUUUAUUUUCCACUGAUUGUUCUCAUCAGCAUCUCACUCAUACUUCAGAUUGGAGUUGGCGUACUCUUAAUAUUCCUUGUUAAAUAUGACCUUAAUAAUCCUGCAAAACACGCCAAACUGGACUUUCUCAAUAACCUUGCCACUGGACUGGUGUUUAUUAUAGUAGUUGUCAAUAUAUUUAUCACUGCUUUUGGAGUUCAGAAGCCGUCUCUUCCAGACCAGAAGGCAUAGGAAGAGACCAACAUUCUGAAGACAGUUUCUGUACUUUGUGCCAGUUUCGCUUGGAUGAAGAAACUCAACAAGCAUGUCUUCCUUUCAGUUGGAUUAUUUACCAGAAAGGCCAUUUUAUAUAACUUCUUGGAAGAAAAAUGAA